UCUAUUGGGAAGGCAGGUAACUAAUAGAAUACCUGUGGGUCGAUUUUCCGUGCGUCAACAGCACGUCCCGUAGCUCGGCUGUCAGCUGUGUUGAAAUAAUUGAGAGAAAUUUUUAGAACGAAAACUACAAUUAAAAAUGUCUUUCGGUGAGAAAAUAGCGUCAAUCAUGGAACGACCUGGUCAGGAUCCAGUGGCCAAAGACGACGUAGCUUGGUGGAUGAAAUAUGCUGGUCGAGGUUUAGGGACUGUUGGUGGUUUAAUUGCCAUACUCCUUGGAGCAUGGUGUUCCGUUGAUAUUCUUUGGGGUGACGUUGCUUCCUUGAUUGCCGGUAUAUGGCAGAUGGUUGCUGGUUUUCUUGUCAUAAUGGUCGAGGCACCCUGCUGCUGUGUUUUUAUUGACUUUGUACAAAAUAUAAGCGAUUUGGCGGACAGAAGACCUUAUUGGAACAGAGCUGCUGUUUACUGUUUAAUCGCACUACCAGCCGUUAUUCUGUCUCAUGGUAUUGACACGAUAUUUGGCAGCGGACUCAUAUUUGGAACUGGAGUUAUAUAUGGUCUGAUGUCCCUUGGGAAGAAGGCUUCGGCAGAUGAAAUGAGAAUGGCAGCAGCUACGGACACGCGAGUAACGUCCUCAAACAUGAGAUCCACACUUGUUGAAAAUGUGCAACCUAUUGGAGUCAGCAUACCACCUGAUAGCAAUGUCUGAUCCUAUUAGUAACAAAUUGGCAUCUAAGUCGAGCGCCUGGAGUGAAUGAUAAUGGUAUCUGAGUUUUGGAGCCCAAAUUAGACUUGUGAUUUCUUCGCAUAGAUCUAUCUUAAGUUUUAAUUUUAAUCCUUGAAAAUUAGUUCACAAUAGAUGUUCGAUAUUAUUGUUAGUUGAGAAGAAUCGACUGUAGGGAAAAAUAUUGAAGAAUUUUUCUUCUCCGGAUGAGUCUCAACUUCCCUUUAUAAUGUUGUGUAUAUUAUGAUCUCUUUUACAUUCUAAAGGUUAACGUUACUCGCAGAAAUGACAGCACUGCAUUCAAUGAUAACAAUCAUUCGAUUUAACACGAGGGACAAGCAGAAUGAUUAUCUUCGCAAGUUAGGGAGAGAUUAUAGAAUGUAAACUAUCAUUAGAAUGCCAAAGUGAUUUUUUUAGCUUAUUUUAUUCAACACAGAUAGUAACUGCUCCAAAACUCGGCUAUUCAAGCAUUAGAUUUUCAAAUCUGUUAGAAUAUUCUGAUAUUACCUAAAUCAGUUGAGUAGGCAAUUGUUUUUUUUUUUCGUUUUUUUCCCCCUUGAAAUGAUCAUCCUGAAUUCAGUAUUGAAAUUCAAUAGUUACUAGAAAAAGUAAAAUUACUUUUAAAAAGUGAGAUGUAUGUCAUCCUAAGAGCAAUUAAAAAGCAUUGUCCUAGCCGUUAAUUGUGUUGAUAAUUAGACACAUCAAUACUGAAUAACGUUUGAUAAUUUCGUAUUGAGGAUUGUCAACGAAAGCUGUGUCUGAUAAUUAAUAAGUAUCAUUCAUUAUCAAUACAUUACGUAUCAUAAUUGGUUCUUUAUAUUUCUCUGUUGAUAAUUGGGGUAUUUCAUUUUGCGAUCUAUUGACGUCCUUCGCUCUUUGAUAAUGAACCUCAAGCGUGUCAAUCUGCCCUGGGCAACCAAAAUUCUUUAUUCUUCUCCGAACUUGCAUCGAAUUCGAAAUUUAUCCUUGCGUCGAGAGUAAUGCGGUCUUUAUCAGUUUAGUUCAGUUUUAGUAGUAAUCGUAAUUUUAUUUAUUAUAAUAAUAAGUCAGAUAUUGUAAUUUUUUUUGUUCCAAAUGAUUCAACAUUUUUAGGAUCAUCAAUUGCUGCUAACGUGAAACCGGUUGUGCUGACGCUUCUGUCGAUAUGUUAUUAUGGGCCUAACUCUGAAACAUUAUGUCAAAGCGAUAGAGACGGAAUUGGUAGAGAUUUUUGGAUAUUGAUGGGUUACUUUCUCCACUGUCAUGUGAGUCAUUAUCUUCCAAUCGCCGUCUUCUAGGUUUUUUAGAUGGAAGUUUUGUCUUACUUUGAUAAACCGAAUUCCAAUAUAAUUUAAAAAUAAGCCACAGUAAUUCUAAUAGGUACCUAGACUGAGAUAAAUUUUGAUGUCUCAAUUAUCAUGGGACGAAAUUUUAUCGAUUAAUAGGCUGAAUGAAAUUCAUUGCUCUGUACUUCCUGGCGGGGGAGAAAAAGAAUAAUUAGCUGCAGGGCAUUAUUUAGGAUAUUCUGGCACAUUCCAAAUAACCCAUGAUCCCUAUUUUGUUCGUUUAAUUUACCCUCAAAUUCUGAAUGUGCCAAUACUAAUAAUAAUUGCUCAUUCUAAUCAUACAUAAUAUUAUUUUUAAUCAUCUAGGUCAAUUUUAUUAUUUACAUUAUGCUUUCGCUAAGAUUUUUUUUUCAACAGAUUUUUCCAAUGCAUUGUUCUGGAAAGUCUUGACUUGCCAAAUUUUUGAAACUCACACUCUCCCUCACACAACUUUGGUAAUAAAAAAAGCUCGUUUUGCUGCUGGGUAUAUGCCAUUAUUUUUGUCCAAAUCUAGGAGUCGUAAGUUUCAUUUUAUUUUCUCAAAUCAUUUAAAUAAUGUAUUUAUUAAGAGUAAAAGACUAAAGGCUAUUUUCGUCAUUACAAAAUAUAAUAUACCCAUAGGCUCGAGUGUCACAAAUAUAAUUCCAGUGAAAACGAGCUGUCAUAUCAACAUAAUCAUCGCGCGUAUAUUUUUUCUGAAUAUUCCCUACCCCUAAAUCUCAUUUUUUUCAAUAGAUUUUCCAAUCAGUUCUAUCAUCAUAAUAAAAAAAUUCAGAUAUUCGAUUAUAGUGAAAUCGUUGUACAUUAUUAAUGAAACGUCAUUCAAACAAAUUAAUAAAAUCAACCGGGAACCAAUUUUGAUAGCUUAAUUUUAACGCGUCAACCAAAUUACUUAUAUAAAUUAUACAUACUAUAUAUACAUACAUAUAUAAAUACAUGUAAUAAUCAUUGUGACUGUAUCAUUUAUUAUUUAUAUUGAUUGGCAAUACUCGCUUUUGGUCAUCGAGCGUACAUAUAGAAGUUGAUGCCUAUCUAAAUUUAUGAAUUGUAUUAUUAAAAAUUACCCGUAUGUCCACACGGGUGAUGUUAAUCAUUAUAGUAACGAAAUAAAAUAACUUUUAAUUGUUGAAGAAAAAGAGAAACAGGAACAGAAAAAAAAAGAAAACAAAAAGACCUAAUUGUUAAAAAGUCAGCGCUAUCAAUUUGUUAGUAUGCAACCAACUAGCACCGUUAUAUAUUAUACCAUGCAUACUGUAAAUAUAUCAAAUUAUGGAUGCAAUCGUUCAAUAACAUGAAUUAACCGAUCAUUCGAGGGGUAUGCCUGUGUUAGAGCCUAGAAAAGCUGGCCAUCAAGGUACUCGAUGUUGAGUAUUUUUGUGAAAGACUAUUUUCAUCGUUAAUGAGAAAAAAUCACAGUGCUGAUUUGAUGAAAAAAUUAAAUAUAAGGCUCAUCGGUCAAUUUGAAAAUGUUUUUACUCCGCCUUAUUCUUGAUCUCAGAUGGUCGACGCUUUCGUUAGAUUGUGAUAGAGACACAUCCCCUAUGACAGUGGUCUGUAAAUUAAAUAAGGGCGUAAAAAUACUGUCCUUUAUCGGUACAAUUAUACCAUUGUGGUGAAUGCCAGAGCUAGUUAAUGAAUAUUAUUAUACAUAAAUGAAUACAUACUGUUACUAUACCUAAAUAUUAAAAAUAGCAUACUAUAAAAAUUAAGCAAAGUUGCAUAGCUAGCUCGUCGCUGCAGGGGUAAUUAUUCAUGUUGCUUCAUGAUAAAUAAAUAUGUAUGUCUGCACGGAG